AUGCGGGUGCUGGCAGCGGUGGUGGGGCUAUGCCUCUUAUCAGCAGCAGCAAAUGCUCUGGAUUUUGAAAUGGGCGUGCAGACUAAGUGCGUCUAUGAGGAGAUCAACGCGAACGUGAUCGUGGUGGGGGACUACAAGGCCUACAACAAGGAUAACCCCUCUGUUGCCGUGGCUGUGGACGUUCUGGUCACGGACCAGAUGCAUGCGGUAAUCCACACAGCCAAGGCACAGGUCAAGGGGCAGUUCGCGUUCACCAGCAAGUCGGCAGGGGAGUACAAGGCCUGCUUUACGGCGCCAGACCACGCCACCGCACAGACCACAAAAAUAAACCUGGACUGGCGCACGGGUGUGGCCGCCACGGACUGGGACACCAUAGCCAAGAAGGAGCACCUGGACCAGCUGAGCGUGGAGAUGAGGAAGGUUGAGGGCGCCAUACGCGAGAUCUAUGCGGAGAUGCUGCAGCUGCAGCAGCGCGAGCAGGAGAUGCGCGACAUCAACGGUGGGGGGUGGGGGGCGGAGGAGGAGACCAACACGCGUGUCGCGUGGUUCAGCAUCUUCAGCCUGUUUGUGUGCAUCGCCUGCAGCGUGGUCCAGCUGUGGUACCUCAAGAAGUUCUUCCAACGCAAGAAGUUGUUGUGA